CUAACAUCAUACUUAGUUCUCGAGCAAAAUGAGAAUGCCAAAAUUUUGUAUUCAACUGCUGCGCCUCGUGCUUUUUGUUUUAAAGUCAAUUUUGAUAUUUUCUAACCGUUUAAAGAAAUCCAUGGAUAAUUACAAGGAGGCAGUAUUUUCCAAUUAUAUGGCGAACCGAACUGGCGUCACCGAUGGCAAAGAGAUUCAGCAGUCCGGGGGCACUAAUUUGUUGAUCAACUAUUUGCCAAGCGACAUGCAGGAGAAUGAGCUCCACCAGCUGUUCAAUAGCUUUGGCCUACUGCGGCAGGUGAAGAUCAUACGCGACCCGGAGACAGGAGCCAGCCACUGCUACGGCUUUGUCAACUACACCAACUCCAUAAGUGCCAACAAGGCUCUGAACUCGAUGAACGGUUGCCCAGUGCGCGGAAAGAAGCUGAAGGUCUCGAUGGCUCGUCCCUCCUCGGAUGAUACUAAGAAAACCAAUAUCUAUGUGGGCAAUUUGCCACUGAGCUACGAUGCGGCGCAGGUGCGCGAGAUAUUUGAGCGCUUUGGGAAGAUAGUUGAUUUGAACCUACUCAAGGAUCGGUACACCAACCAGUCGCGGGGCACUGCCUUUGUGCGCUACGAGAUGAGGGCCUCGGUCGAAAAGGCUAUAUUGGCCCUGAAUGACUUUGUUGUGGAGCGUGGCCAUCCACCGCUGCACGUCAGAUUGGUCAAGCGCCCCAAGGAGUGGGCAGUGUCCAAGGGCAUGAAUCGGGAGCCCGACGAGCCAUCGGAGCCGUCGACUGAUACUCACGUGGACUCGCCGAAGGAGGAGAUAAAACAAUCCAUGGAUUCGAAAUGUUUCUUUUCUGGCGAUAUGGACAAGUCUACGGCUGAUUCAACGGCAGCUUCUUCAUCGAAGCCCAUGUCAUCUCUCAGCUACAAAUACUUAACGAACAUCAACUCCAACAAGGGUCGUCGCUUUGUGGUCCCGCCCCCCACCUGCACCCCUGCCUCACCUGCAACAAAUGAAUCAGUUGGCUUGGCUGGCGGCACAGACAAGGCUUCAGAAAAGGCAGCUAACUGCUCCAGUCCGUCACUGGACACCGGAUUGACAGGAAAAGAAUCUGAUAUUGCAAAUAUCAUAAAUAGAAGCGCACUUCGUCGUAAAAUACCCUAUAAGCGUUUUGCCACCAUUCCCAAACCAGGUGACACCUAAGUAACUUUUACGUUCCAUAUUCUUGAGAUCCCUAGUAUCUGCUAUUCUAAGGAUAAUAAUUAAUAAUUAAUAAUAAUUCUAGGGAUAAUAACAAUAUAAGAAACCCCUUUUCUGUUUUCAAUAAACGAUUUCAUUAGUAUUCACUCUCUCUGAGUGCAAAUA